GCGACCGGAAAUGGAGCAAACUCAAGGUGCUAUGGCAACGGGGGCUUCUGUGAAGGUGGCGUUGCAGGUGGCGGAGGUGCUGGAAGCCAUCGUGAGCGGCUGCGUGGGACCUGAGGGGCGUCAAGUUUUGUGUACGAAACCCACCGGCGAGGUGCUGCUGAGCCGGGAGGGAGGCCGCCUCCUGGAGGCGCUGCACUUAGAGCAUCCGAUAGCCAGGAUGAUGGUGGCAUGUGUUUCCAGUCAUCUAAGGAAAACAGGAGAUGGUGCUAAAACAUUUAUUAUCUUCCUUUGCAAUUUGCUCAGAGAAAUAAGUGCAGUGACAGACAAAGAAAAGGAUUCUUUGAUUUCCAAAAAUAUGCAGACCCAUGGAAGGCAUUGGAAAAAUUGCUGUCAGUGGAAAUUUAUUUCCCAAGCUCUUCUGACUUUUCAGACAACGGUACUAGACUACAUUAUGGAUCAAUUCUUAAGUAAGCACUUUUUGUCCAUCUUCUCUUUAUCCACUAAAGAAAGAACAUUGUGUAGGAGCUCCUUAUCUUUACUUUUAGAAGCCUACUUUUGUGGGAAAGUGGGAAGAAACUGUCACAAUUUUAUUUCACAGUUGAUGAGUGACUACUUUUUCAAGUGCACAUCUGGUGAAAGUGGAUUUGAAGAAGUGUUAGAGUUAGUGGAUGACUGCUUUGUAGAGCUGAACGUUGGCGCAACGGGCCUGCCUGUUUCAGAUUCCAGGAUUGUAGCAGGGCUUGUGCUGCACAGAGACUUUUCUGUGUACCGUCCAGCAGAUGGUGACAUAAGGAUGGUGAUUGUAACAGUAACCAUUCAGCCUUCUUUUUCAACUUCUGGAUCUGAGUUUCUUUUCCAUUCAGAAAAACAGUUUCAGACUUCCCAGCUUUGGAUUAUGCAGAGGACAGAAGCAAUAAUGCAACAUUUACAGAGUCAGAAUGUAAAACUGAUUUUAUCUAGUGUGAAACAGUCAGAGUCGGUUAUUUAUUAUGCAGGGCUAAACGGUAUAUCAGUGGUCGAGUGCUUAUCUGCUGAAGAAAUUUCUCUUAUCCAGAGGAUCACAGGUCUUACUCCAUUUGUACUACAUCAGAGCUCUCCACAAUGUGAAAUGGCUAACACUGCUCUGGUGAAAUUCUGCAAGUUCUUUAUCCUUAGAUCCAAAAGGUAUGCUCAUCUUGGCUUGAGUAGCACAUGUUCAUUUAUACCACAUUCUAUGGUUCUUUGUGGACCUGUGCAGGGUGUUGUUGAGCAACAUAAAAAUGCUUUACAUGGUGCUUUUAAAAUGCUUCAGCAGUUAUUUAAAGAGGUUGAUCUAAAUUAUGUAACACAUACCAGUGACCAAAAUUAUGUAUCAAGUUCUUUUAUUCCUAAGAACAAUAGAGAAAGCAGUAAGUCAUCAGAAAUUACUAACAACUCCAUACAAACACUAUCAGAAGACAGUGCUGUAAGUAACAUGGACAAACUGACAAAAAUUCAAACAAACUUUGAAGUAUAUUCAAAUGAGGUAGUUCCAAGGGUAGAAUUAGAAGCAUAUAAUUCAUGUUCAGCAUCAAAAGAGACAUCAACAGAUUCAUACAUGAGUAAUGAAACACUGCAGUGUUUAUCUCCAAACAAAACCAGGAUUACUAACAACCUUGAGCUACUUGUUGAGAGUCCUCUUGCUAGCUCAACAACAGAAAAUACUAGAAUAGCAAUUCCUCAUGAAAAUUUACAAGCCACAGAAGUUACUGGAAAAGAGAGCCUGUUACCUCUUUCAUUUCCGAUGAAAUCUAAGUUACUAGAGGAGUGUCCUUCCCAGAAUUACACUUUCUCAUCUAUACCGGCAGGUUGUGUUUUGCCAGUGGGUGGUAAUUUUGAACUCUUGUUACAUUACUAUCUUCUUAAUUAUGCUAAAAGAUGCCAGCAACCAGGAGAAACCAUGGUUGUUAGUAUAAUAGCUAAUGCACUUCUAGGCAUCCCCAAAAUCCUGUGUAGAUCUCGGAAAAGAAACCAGAGUUUUCCACAAAUGUAUAUAAGAACUCUUCAUGCCUUGCAAGUCAGUGAACCAAUGGUAAGCAGUCAGACAGGUUUGGAAUCAGUGGCUGGUAAAUACCAGUUAAUUAAUUCAGUUCUUCAGUGUUUGGCAAAAAUUUUGACAGUUGAUUUGAUAAUUAAUAUCAAGAGACAACCUCGCAAGAUCUGUGAUCAAGAUUCAGAAGAUGAAUUAUGAAAUUAGAAGCCACAGAAGUUACUGGAAAAGAGAGUAGAUUUAAGUACAGCAGGUAUGUCAUCACUGACUUUACAAUUCAAUCUAAAUAAGAAACCAGUAUAACUUUUUUUUAAAAAAAAUUACCCUUUUGGGGGGCUGGAGUGAUAGCACAGCAGGUAGGGCGUUUGCCUUGCACGAGGCCGACCCGGGUUCAAUUCCCAGCAUCCCAUAUGUACCCCCAAGCACGCCAGGAGUAAUGAGCCAGGAGUAAGCCCUGAGCAUUGCCAGGUGUGACCCAAAAUGCAAAAAAAAAAAAAAAGAUCCUUUUGCUUUUCUUUGUCUUACUCACCCUCCUUCCUUAUCUUUCUGUAUUUAGUUGUAGAAUCAUCUAACUUGGGUGGGAUCUUCAAAUGACAUCCUGUUUUGUUGCAUUUUUUAAUAAUGCAAAAUUGGUAUAAUCUUUUAUUUAAAAUAGGUUUAUAUUAUUAGUCAAAUGUUCCAAAGCAUUGAGUUAAAAGUCUCAGAUUUUCUUCAUUGAAAAUCGUCCAGGGGCUGGAGCGAUAGCACAGCGGGUAGGGCGUUUGCCUUGCAGGCGGCCGACCCGGGUUCUAAUCCCAGCGUCCCAUAUGGUCCCCUGAGCACCGCCAGGGAUAAUUCCUGAGUGAAGAGCCAGGAGUAACCCCUGUGCAUCGCCGGGUGUGACCCAAAAACAAAAAAAAAAAAAAAAAAAGAAAAAGAAAAUCGUCCAAAAGGCGCAAAAAAUGAUGAGCUGAGCAUUUGUUUUGCAUAUGAAAGACCCGGGUUCCAUCUCUGGUACCACAUGGUCCACUUGGAGUACUGCUGGGAAUGACCUCUCAGACUGGAUGAGGCCCCCCCAAACAAAAUUUAAAAAGUAAGAGCAUAAAAAUUAGUUUUUCAUUUCAUAAUUCCUUAUUUAUUUCUAUUUCAUAUGAAAAAAUAAAUUUUCACCAGCUGUAUACCUUCAAAUGUUACUGGAAAUAUUAUUUUCUGUACUGUGUGAAACAAUUUCUAUAGUUAAAAUUAAUUUCAGAAACAACAUGAAAUUUAUUUUUAAAUUUUGAGGCUCUGUGGUUUACAAUAUUGUUAUUGGUGAUUUUCCAUGUACAUAAUUCCAAAUACCACACACAUCACCAGUGAGUGUACCCACCUCCCUCCUUCAAGGAAUAUGAAUUUUAUACUUUUUUAAAUCUUAUCCUUAAGAGCUUGUGAAAGGAAUUAAUGUGUUUGCUGUUGGUGUGGCUUAUUUUUAUUGUAUAGCCAGAGUUCAACAAUAACACGUAACUGAGAAUAUUUUUUUCUAAUGUGAAUUUGCAAGUGUCUGUAUAGCAUUGAAAGUUUAAAAAUGUAAGUUAUAACUGAAUUCAGUGUAGAUAGAACCUACUGCUCAUGAAAUGGCAAUAACAGCAUUUAGCUCACUCAGCUGUGGUGAUUAUCAAUAAAGAAAUAUAAGAAAUUCCUAGUUCAAUGCCUGUUAUGUUAUCAAGUAUGAAACUUAAUAAAUAGCAUUGUUUCUUCCUCA